AUGCCUCUACAGGAAAAAUUCUCCAGUGAUUAUACCCAUAGAAGAUUCCAGCUUGUUCAACAGGACGACAUUGAGCUAUGCUUCUCAUUCAAUUUUGGCACCAAGCUUGUCUGGCCUGAGUUUGUGACAUUUGCGUUUAGCUUGAUCUUUACUUCGAGUCUGGCACUGCUGACUCCAACCUCAGCGAAUCCAAGCACGGUCUUCCCUCUAGAAGUUUCAAGUGUGGGCGUAGUCUACGCAAGGUCAGGAGCUCCUCCCGGAAAUUACGUUAUCCGUGCGACCGUCACUACCGACCAACAACCGACUCUCAACUCUGCCACAUCAUUGCUGAACCUGACGCUCGUCUGGUUGCCGCCAAGCAGCCAGAGUCAAGGCGAAUUGAUCCGUAUACUAAACAUGAAGUCACUCGAUUUCGUUGAGCAAAUAGUUGCGGAUAAAAAUGUGAGCUAA